GCUCACGUGAUUUUUGUACGCGCGAAAAUCUCGAGGUGAAAGCGAAGCGCGAACUACGAAGGGCCCUGAGUUGAUAGUACAGGUUGCUAGGGAAAGGUAGAUGGGCGGUAAUUGGUGUCAGCAGUCGGCGCCAGAGAGGAGGAAGAGAUGAAAGAGAGAGGUUUCCAGGGGUGUGGUACUAUGUGAGUUGCGUCAUUUUGAUUGUGCGGGUGACUGCCACAGUGUUUAGAGUCGUGCGGGGAGAGGAAGGGGGGAGAGAGUUUUUUUUCACAGCGAGGCUCCGUGGUGCUUGAUUGAUCAAGAAUCGAGGCCAACGGGUAGAUGCGUGAAUGGAAUAGCAGCUAGUGUGAAGAGUGGUAAAUUCUGUUCAACGGGAGAAAUUUAGAAAGGUUGACUGGCUGAAUAGUUUGCUGAUUUUGGGAAAAUCUUCCUAUUUGGAGACCGGUAGUUAAGGGUGGUAGGAAUUGAGUGGAGUUCUUGGUUUAGAGGUCUUGCAGGAAAGUAGAGUACUGAGAACUGUCAGCGCAACAAGGAUAAAUUGUCUCAGUGCACUCAAAUUCAACUAGAUACGAGAUUCAAAGAGAAGCCGGAAACGAUGCGUUUUAUUGCGCUAGAGUCUGCUCUUGGGAAUUUGUAGAUCCACUACUCGAGUUUGGUCUGUUUCCGUUCUCACCACUUUCAAGUUUACGUCAACAAAUACUCCUUACGUAGCCAUGGAAAAUCAGAGUUGGCCCUAUUUUGAUCCCGAUUAUGAGACUGCAUCCUCCAGUUUCGACCCUCCAAGGGUGACAAUUGAAAACGAUACGUCUGACAACGUCACUGUGGUGCAAGUUCACAGUGCCGACAGACAUGGCAUACUUUUGAAUGUUGUGCAAGUGCUUACAGAUCUCGAUUUGGUGAUAGUAAAAUCUGACAUGUUUUCUGAUAAAGGGUGGUUUUUUGAUGUGUUUCAUGUUGUGGAUCACAGCGGAAAUAAAGUUCGCGAUCGAUCUGUAUUGGACCAUAUUCAAAACUCACUGGGAUACAGGACUAGACGAGAGCAAUCAUCCGCUGAUUUGUUGCGCCGCUCAUCAGGAUUGUCCGUCUCUGAUCACACAGUUGUCGAGUUAACUGGCCCUGACAGACCGGGGCUUUUAUCAGAAAUAUCUGCAAUUCUGACGCAGUUGGAUUGCAAUGUGAAUGCUGCUGAGGUAUGGACGCACAAUCUUAGGGUUGCUUGUGUUAUAUACCUUACUGAUACGACUACGGGUGGCCCCAUCCAGACUCAAUCAAGGCUAGAGCUUAUCAAGGAGCAGUUGUCGAAAGUCUUGAGAGGCGCCCAUGACGAAAAUCUUGCUAGAUGGAAAAUAGAGUACGCUACAGAAAUCACACAUGUAGAGAGGCGGCUGCACCAGCUGAUGUACGAUGAUAGAAGGCAUGCAGGACAGGAUUAUUCUAGAAGCUCGGAGGAUAGGCCAAAGAUACAGAUUAAGAGAAACGAGCGUGGAUACUCCAUGGUUAGUAUUCAAUGCAAAGAUCGACCGAAGCUCUUGUUUGAUAUCGUCUGUACUCUGACCGACAUGCAGUAUGUGAUCCACCACGCUUUGAUUAACUCCCAUGAAGCCGACACGACUCAGGAGUUUUUUAUUCGCCAUGAAAACGGUUGCACCCUCGAAACUCCUGCUGAGCAACAUCUGAUAGUUUGUCUUGAAGCUGCCAUCAACCGGAGGACUACCAAGGGUCUGAGAUUGGAGCUCUGCAUGAAUGACCGUGUUGGACUCUUGUCUGAAGUCACCAAGAUAUUUCGAGAAAAUGGGCUUUCAGUUGCCCGUGCAGAUGUGUCAACACGAGACGACAAGGCCGUGAAUGUCUUUUAUGUGUUAGACGCAUCUGGUCGCCCUGUGAAUAUGAAAGUAGUGGAAGAGAUGCGCAAGACGAUCGGUCACGCAAUCUUGCAAGUAAAAGGUACUCCGCCUCAGGAAUCCGAGCUCCCGAAUCCAGGCGCGAAUUUUUUUGGUGGAUUGUACCGAACAUUCUCUGGGCUCACAAGUAUGAACUGGCGUUCUACGGCCAUUGCAUGAUGAACAUCGUGAAUACAAACAUGAAUUGCAGUUGAUGCGACACACAAGGAAAUCGGGAUAUCAUAACGGACUACAAAUUAAAGCCCGAGGAAGACGUGCGUGUCCUUAGGCUCUUGUGAGAUUUCACGACCUGCAGAAGUUGCCUGUUCUCUCUCAGAACCAGGUUGCCGCUCAAAUUCUUUAAGCUUGAAGAGCUUUUGUACAGCAAGAAGAUCAAAGAUUUCUUUGGAGGAGUAGAUUCACAAAUCUCUUGGAACAUCACCCUAUCCCAGGGACUUUCCGCCACUCAAACUACCGUACAAUCGUUACUACUGCUUCAAUCGACACAAUUUCAUGAACAUGUGAAGUCUUCCAACUGACCAGUCACAUACAUUCUUGGACAUGUGGAAAUUCAUGUCGAAAUCAAUGUGGAGAUCUCAAACCAUCAGAACAGGUUUUGAAAUCGUGUGUGGACAACACCCUAGCUAAAGAAUGCUACUCACUCCACUUAACAUCAUGCACAAUUAUCAGCAUUUGUACAGAGUACUGGUUAUUGAGAAAAAGAAUGGAAUGUGUGAUUUUAAUUAAU